AUGUUUGUUCCCUUGCCGGUGCCGUUCGUCUUUCAGAGAACUGCUUCCGACUUCAGCGCCUGGCGUCUCAAGUCCCCGCUGGCUCUACGCUCCAGCUCCGAUAUCAGGAUGUCAAAACCAGCAGAGGAUGAGAAGCCUGGGACAGACUUUCCAGGGGAGAGCACAGACUCAGAGAGGAACAGUCCCGAUGCAAAUGAUCAGGUUCAGCCAAUGAAAACGAGUCCCUUCAGUCUUUCUCCUUCCUUGAGCAACACCAAGAGUAAAAGUGAGGCUGGCCCUGAGAUGACCUCCACCCAUGUGCCGCCUCCCUCCCAGCAGCAGACACCUCACCCUCACACACAACUCAUGUUGGCAGGGAGUCAGCUGGCAGGGCUGGCUGCCCUCUUGCCUGCGCAGCAGCAGCUGUUGCUUCAGCAGGCCCAGGCUCAACUCCUGGCCGCUGCCGUGCAGCAGUCCAACGCGGCUCACGCUGCUCAUGCCGCCCACGCAGCAGCCCAAGCCAAUCAGCAGCAGCAGCAGCAACAACAGCAGCAGCAGCUGACCAAACAAGAGCAUGCCCAGCCUCAGCUCACGCUCUCUCAGCCUAUCCAGCUCACCGCCCAGGAUAUCCAGCAGCUGUUGCAGCUGCAGCAGUUAGUCCUGAUGCCCGGCCAUCACCUGCAGUCUCCUCAGUUCCUCCUGCCUCAGGCCCAGGGACAACAGGGGCAGCAGGGUUUGCUCUCGACACCAAAUUUAAUUUCGCUACCUCAGCAUCAGCAAAGCCAGGGGAGUCUUCUAACUACUCCACCCAGGCUGGGACUGCAAGCACAGGUAUAGUAUUAUUGAAAACCACCUCGAAUGUCCGCCCCCAUGACCUCGGUGACCUCUGGCCCGCACGGCGAGGAGCCAAGUGACCUGGAGGAGCUGGAGCAGUUCGCCCGCACCUUCAAACAGAGACGCAUCAAACUGGGCUUCACACAGGGUGACGUUGGCAUGGCAAUGGGGAAACUGUAUGGGAAUGACUUCAGCCAGACCACCAUCUCUCGCUUCGAGGCCCUCAACCUGAGCUUUAAGAACAUGUGCAAGCUCAAGCCUCUGCUUGAGAAGUGGCUAAACGAUGCAGAGACCAUGGCGAUAGACAACAUGCUUCCCAGCCCCAGCUCUCUCUCCUCCCCCAUGAUGGGGUUUGAGGGCAUGACGGGGCGCCGCAGGAAGAAACGCACCAGCAUUGAGACCAACGUCCGCGUGGCCUUAGAGCGCAACUUCAUCUCGAACCAGAAGCCUAACUCAGAGGAGAUCCUCCUGAUGGGAAAGCAGCUCAACAUGGAGAAGGAGGUGAUCCGGGUCUGGUUCUGCAACCGGCGCCAGAAAGAGAAACGCAUCAACCCCUGCAGUGCCACCCCUCCCCUGCCCAGCCAGUCCUCCCUUGUGACGCACAAACCCCCCUGCUACAACCCACACAUGAUGUCUAGUCAGGGGCUGCACCAGGCUGCCACCAGCCUCAGCACAACCGUGACCAGCCCAUCGCCCUCGGCAACCUGCCCUCUGACACCCAGUGGCUCUGCAACUAUGAGCUCCGCCCCCUCCUCUGUGACUCCGCCUCCACACAGCACAGCCAGCAACGCCCCUCCCACCCUCAGUGCCCACAGCCUGAACGCUGGGAACACAAUGAUGGGAGUAAGCACAGGGAUGAACCAGGCUCUCAUCAGCAGCAAUCCCCUGGCCACAAUGCAAGGUGUGUUAGUCUGACAAAAUCAGUGUCUAUCCAGAUGAUGGAUUAGUAUUCUGAUUUGUAAUAAGCGCGCGUAACUCUGACUCUCACCUACAUCAAGCUCUGAUGCCAAGAGGAGAAAAUGUUGAGUUAACCGUGCAGAUCUCAAGGCAGAAAGGAAUAUGUGCCUCAGUUUGCUAUCAUUUCAACAUGGGAUUUCAAAUCAAUUGAAAUUGCAUGUCUUCACACCAUCCCGUCCGUAUCGCCGCCAAGUAGAUAAUGUGAGUGUCGUGUGUGUCUGUGCGUAUGUGCCAAGUACGAGUUAGCUUUCCUGCAAGCUCUGGCUGAGUAAGCUCUCCCUGCUUUAGUCACACUACUUUCUCUCAUCUGUUGCAAUAUCUCACCAUCGUCAUCGCCAUCCGUCAUCUCACCUUCGUCAUCGCCAUCCUUCAUCUCACCAUGUAAUCAGUUACAGUGUCACCCAAAUCGAUGCCCAUGUAUCUCUGGUAGGUGUAUUAACUUAUAUUCUUUCUCCUCUACCUUUCUUUUCCCCUUCCAAUCCUUCCACCUGCCUCUCUCACCCCGUCCCGUCCA